ACACACAAACUCCUCCUCAAGUCCAUGCCCAUAUCGCUCAAAAUGACACGCGCAGCAGUCGGCCAGAUGCGCUCCACGGCCUCCAUGGCCUCCAAUCUGACCCAAGCCCAAUCCCUCUGCCGCAAAGCCCACCAAGCCGGCGCAAAAGCCCUCUUCCUCCCAGAAGCGGCAGACUACAUCACCACUUCUGGUGGCCUCCAGCUCUGCAAACCAGUCACAACCUCUGAAUUCGUCCUCGGUCUGCAAGAUUGCGCAAAACAAUACAAUCUCGCCAUCUCCGUCGGCAUCCACGAACCCGCCUCCUCUGACGCACAAAAAGUGAAAAACACCCUCAUCUGGAUCACUCCCCAGGGAGAGAUAUCCCACCGUUACCAGAAACUACACUUGUUCGACAUGGACGUCAAGGAUGGCCCCCAGAUGAAAGAAUCAGAUGGCGUCGAACGUGGCCUUCAGCUUGGCCAUCCCUUUGAAAGCCCCGUGGGCAAGAUAGGCAUGCAGAUAUGUUUUGACCUGCGGUUUCCCGAGCCCGCGCUUGCCCUCAGGAGACGAGGCGCCCAGGUGCUCUUGUAUCCGGCCGCUUUCACUACGCCAACGGGUAAGGCCGGCCAUUGGGAAAUACUGCUGCGUGCCCGUGCCAUUGAGACGCAGAGCUACGUCAUCGCUGCUGCCCAGGUUGGAAUUCACGAUGACCAGGCCAAGAGGCGGAGUUAUGGACACAGUAUGAUUGUGGAUCCAUGGGGCAAAAUCGUUGCUCAACUCGGAGGCGAUGAGGGCAAAGAUGGGAAAUGGGCCGAUGAAGGUGAGAUUGCCGUUGCCGAGCUGGACCUUGAUUACGUUGAGAAUCUGCGCAAAGAUGUGCCCAUGACACGGAGAACAGAUGUGUACGCAGAUGUUUCUUAGCUACCAUGUCUAGGACAAGCAAGAACCAUGGAAUAUCGGCACUUGAAAACGAAAAAAAGACACAUUCAUGUUCCCCGAAACCCAUGUCUACCCUUAGCCUUGCCAACGUUCAUCUCUCAUCCAAAUCCUUGCCUUUGAGCAACCGCUGCUUGCCGCCUAGAGUCAGAUUUGCCAAAGGAUGACGUGGGUUCUCAAGAUUGCGCUCCACCCGUUCCCUCACAUGACCCAAUUCGCACUGCAUUCGUUCCGCCAGACACUUGAGCAAAGUCGUAAAUAAGCUCCUCUCCUUCCUAUCCUGU